UAAGAUGCUGGUGUCGGCCUCGACGCAAGUCAUCUGGAUGUUCGUGUUGUCAUUUCAGGCGUAUCGGAUGAGUGACCUGGCGCACGGGGCGGUAUCCGCGAUGCACGGCCCUGUGACUGCUGCUCUGGACAGGCUGUCGAUGGAUGCGCGUGACGAGCAUUUCCAUAGAGCUGUACUGCUCUUUUACAUGUCCGUGAGUUCCCGGCCGGCUCACUUGUCGCUAAGCGGUUUCGCGAACAUCGACCGACCUCUCUUCACUUCCAUCGUCUCCCUAACUGUCACGUAUCUCAUCAUCCUCAUGCAGUUUCGCACGGAUGUGUCUCAACAGUAAAGCUUGGCCAAACAGGAAACAGGCAGCACAAGGAAGGUUACAGACAUGGGAUACUCCGCAAACCGCAUUGC